UUUUUGACACGGAUAUAUCUCAUUACAACUAAAGAUAACGCGAUAACGUUAACAGAUGGAGUUUUUAUAAUAACAUAUUAGUUUCAUCUCAAAGCUACUUUAAAAACCUUUAAUGUGGUUUAACUUCUCUGGUUAGCUUAGCCGUUAGCUUAGCGUCGUCACCGGGAAGAAGCAGUUCGACACCGUGGAGUCCAACAUGGAGGACAUGUACAUCAAACCAGGUAACCAGGAGCGGGGCUGGAACGACCCCCCUCAGUUCUCUUACAGCCUGCAGAUGGCCCGCGGACCUCAGAGGAACCUCCUGAACAAGAGAGCCGCUCCACCUGCAGCUUUAGGCACAGUAUCCCCACCCCCGCCCUCCACCAGUCCUCGGGCUCCACCUCCAAGUGGUGUGGCCCCACCCCCUCUACACCCAGCUCGUCCGCCUCCUGGCUGUGUGGCCAUGCCCCCUCCUCCUCUGGGACCAAUCAGAAGUCAGAGAGAGGCAGACAGCAGACAAUCAGAGAGCAAGCCUGAAGUAGACGGCGUGAUGUGGGCGUUGAACCGAGCGCUCGCCGCCUGUAGACAGACUGUAAAAGAUCAGGUGUGUAGUGAUAUGGCGAAGAGGCUCCGCCUUCUGGAGGACAGCUGGAGGGCAGGUCGACUCAGCCUAUCUGUGAGGAGACGCAUGGACACCCUGACUCUGGAGUUACAGUCGGGUCAUUGGGACUCAGCUGAUGAGAUCCAUCGUUCUCUGAUGGUCGAUCAUGUGACUGAAGUCAGCCAAUGGAUAGUUGGUGUCAAACGCCUCAUCGCCGAGACCCGAAAACUGAAUCCAGAACUCUUAAAACCUCUUCAGAAACCUCCAGUAAAACCACUGCAGAAUCCUGCAGGAUCAGUCCAGGACCCAACAGGAGCAGGAUCAGUCCAGGACCCUGAACAACUAUCUGAUCCUGCACCUGCAGGAGCAGGAUCAGUCCAGGACCCAGCAGGAGCAGGAUCAGUCCAGGACCCAGCAGGAGCAGGAUCAGUCCAGGACCCAGCAGGAGCAGGAGCAGUCCAGGACCCAACAGGAGCAGUCCAGGACCCUGAACAACUAUCUGAUCCUGCACCUGCAGGAGCAGGAUCAGUCCAGGACCCAACAGGAGCAGGAUCAGUCCAGGACCCAGCAGGAGCAGGAUCAGUCCAGGACCCAGCAGGAGCAGGAUCAGUCCAGGACCCUGCAGGAGCAGGAUCAGUCCAGGACCCUGCAGGAGCAGGAUCAGUCCAGGACUGUUAAUCCUGCAGGACUCGGUCGCUUUCUUUUUACUCUGCUAGCAAACUUUGACUCUUUUAACCAAGACCAGGAUCUGGUGGUGAUAAUCCUGACAUUCAUAUUCACACCUCAGCAGAGGGUCAAAGGCCAGAACCGCAGGAGGGUGGGGGGUCAGUGGUUUGCUCAAAGACACUUGAUGGAUUCAUCCUUCAGCCCUGGUCUAGACUGUAGCCAUGUUCCCAUCAACUUAUUUUUACGCAUUUUGAAGUAUCUCAUUAGAAAAGCUGAAUGAAAACAGCAAAAUUCGAUAAAAGUUCCUCAACUGCGCAAAAACGUUUUGAGUUCCUUUUGUGCAAAGAGAGUUGACACUAAAAGAAAACUCCUGACUAGUGAACAUUUAGGUCACAUGACUGAUCAGCUGUUAGAUGUGGAGGAUUACAACAUGAAGCGAAGCCUCUACCGCCAACUUCUGACAAACUACGCUUUGUGGAGCCCAAACCCUAAACUCUAAACUCUAAACCCUGUGAGGUUCAUGAACUCGUUUCUCUCUGCUCAUAAUGACUUGUGUGGGAAUAAAUCUUUUAGGUGUGUAUGUGUGACUUUUCAUAUAGAGAAGCUGUCGUCACUCUUUAUCCAGAUUACAUUUUAUAAGGUUCAUGGGUUUUUUAUGGCAGUAGAAAUAUUCAAAUAUAUUAAUAAAACCUGCAUCAUUCAUAUGUAUUCAUAAUAUUAUAAUACUGUCUCAUGUGCUUAACUUUAAAUAAGGGGGCAGCAGA